AUGGUUAUUAGCAUGGAUGUAAUGAAUGAAGAAGCAAAAAAUUUAAAGAAAUAUAAAGGUCAACGUUUUGCUGUUUUUAUACCUUCCGCUGAUUCACAUACUUUUGAAAGGCGAAAAGUCUUUGUUCCAGAUUCUGAAAGUAAACCGAUAACAAUUGGUAGAAGUGUAGGAAAAUCACGACCAAGUAAUGAUAAUGCGGUUUUUGAUUGUAAAGUUUUAUCUCGUCAUCAUGCUAUAAUGUGGUGGGAGGAAGGAACAUUUUAUAUUAAAGAUACAAAAAGUAGUAAUGGAACUUAUGUAAAUAAUGAACGUCUUUCUAAAACUGCCGAAGAAAGUGCACCAAAAGCAUUGUAUUCAGGAGAUAUAAUUCAAUUAGGUGUAGAAAUAAUUGACAGUAGUAAUAAAAUAUCUAGUGGAUGUAUAAUUGCUAUUCUUCAAUUUAUCAAUGGAAAUGAUGAAGAUAUUGCUUCUGUAAGACCAUUUGUUCAAAAACCAAUUAAACCUCCAAAAACGGAUGUAGGUGAUGGUAGUCAAGCUUCUUCCUCAAAUUUACCUAAUAUAACAGAAACAGAACUCUUUCAACUACAACAAUAUAUUAAAGAAGCAACUUAUAGGGAAAAAUUACUAAAUCAAAAAAUUCAAACACUUCAAGAAGCUGUUGUCUCUGCUGCAGAGGCUGCGGAAACAACUUGGAAUGCUGCAAUUAAUGAAGAAAGUAUGCUUGAAUAUAUUAUUUUACUUGAACAUCAACUUGCAAUAUAUUCUAAGUCAAUAACUCUUGAACAAGCAAAAGAUGAUCUUAAAAGAUUCCUGGAAUCCAAAACAAUAGUAGAUAAAAAUUAUAGAGAAACUUUUAAAGCUCUAAAAAAUAAAGAAAAUGCAGCCGUUGAAAGGGCAGUUGAGGCAGAAACAAAAAUUAUUUCUCUUAAAAAAGAUUUAGAAUUUUUAAAAAAAAAUUUAGAGGAAAGUGAAGAAAGGAAUAGACUAACUGAAAUAACAUGUAAAGAUUUAAAAAUACGUUUAAAAGCUAAUGAUGAUCGUUGUAAAGAACUUGAAGAAAAGAUAAAGGAUAUUAACCUUCAAUUUGAAAGCAGGGAUGUGCCAAUAACCGACUAUGUGAUGCAGGAUAGUUGCAAUAUGGAUUUACCAAGAAAUAAAGUUCCUGAAAAUAAUGAGUGUUUCAAACGUAUGGGAGUAGAUAAUGUUUCUCCUGCUGAUACUGAUCCUAUAACAAUAUCAACUGAAACAAAAGAAAAUGUGAAUAGUUUAUUAUUUCCAAUGAAUCAACACAUUAUGGAAUCAAAAGUUUUAUCAACAGCUUAUACUCAGACGUCAUUUGAUGAACCCGUUUUAGAUACUGUUCCGGUUGAGACAAUUUCCAAUCCUCCUACUAGUCGAAGUAGUGAUUGUUUUGAUGCUGAAAUAAAUACUUCAUUUUCUAUUGAAGAGAAUAUUUUAAAGAAAACUACUGACGGUUUCUCUCAAGUAUCUGAAUCUGAUUUUGAUACAUUUGAAAGAGUAUAUAGUAAUUUUAAUUCAUUCAACAAUGAUAUUGAUAUAUUGUUUAUUGUGAUUUUUCCAUUUGCUGCUUUCAUUCUAACUCUCUAUGCCAAUGUUAUAAUGCGACGUUCUUAUAUUUUAUAUCCUUAUAUUAUAUAG